CCCCAGCAACAGCAGGUGGCUACGCAGCAGUUGGCCUUUCAGCAGCAACUCUUACAGAUGCAGCAGUUGCAACAGCAGCACCUCCUGUCUUUGCAGCGUCAGGGGCUGCUAACGAUCCAGCCUGGCCAGCCUACUCUGCCUUUGCAACCCCUUGCACAAGGCAUGAUUCCAACAGAACUGCAGCAGCUCUGGAAGGAAGUGACAAGCUCGCACACAGCGGAGGAGGCGGCCAGCAACAACCACAGCAGCCUGGACCUGUCCACCACCUGCGUCUCCUCCUCCGCGCCGUCGAAGACCUCCUUAAUCAUCAACCCGCACGCCUCAACGAACGGACAGCUCUCGGUCCACACUCCUAAACGGGAGAGUUUAUCCCACGAGGAGCACUCACACAGCCACCCGCUCUACGGACACGGCGUAUGCAAAUGGCCGGGCUGUGAAGCAGUAUGUGAAGACUUCCAGUCGUUCCUAAA